AUGUUUCCUUCAACGAUAAAAGUGUAUAUAAUUUUUUUAAUUGUAUUUUUAUUGCAAAGUACUGCUUAUGGACAACAUAGAACGAUCACUUCAAAACUCAAUCCUGGAUGUAAGGACUGUGGUUUGAAUUCUACCUUAAUUUAUGUCAAGGCAGAAGGGCUGGUAGAUACCAUACAUCAAAUAUGGGAUUUCACUCAAGGUAUACCCACAAUGAUUUUGGCAGUAGGGUCAGGCAACUCAUCUAUUGAUAUUAAUUGGAGUGGUUCAAAGCCAAUGAACUUUUCAAUGCUUGAAAAACCACAUUACAGUUAUGCUACAGCUAUUGAUAAGAUUUACGAAUACAACGACCUGGAGGACAUAGGGGCCUUCGACGUGAACCGUCCGUAUCGUAUACAGUCGCUGAAGAAUGUGUCGUGGGAGUUGAAAGAGAGUGUGCUCACCAGUAAGAAGGUCAUGGUGAGGUUGCGUGGAACUCUGCGCGACAAGGAGGGAAGAGGCACUGUCGAAAUGAAGCUGGAGUAUGUUAACUUCACGGAUUACGCGAGGACCCUGCCCCACCUUAUCCACAACGCGAACAACACUCUGGUCGACAUCAGCCUGGUGAAUCUUACCACUUCGCGCCACUUCAAUUCGUCGCGCUUCGCAGUACAUUUGGUCCUCGUCUCCGAGGACCUGAAUAACCUGACCAUGCAUAGCGUUACCAGGAAGAGCUUAGACGAUGAACACACACCUGGCGUGUUCGAGAUAAUCGAAAUUAACAGCCCGAGGUUGUGGUUCACCGGAUCUGGCGGCUUCUUGCAGUUCCGUCCCGUCGCGUACGUGGAGAGCCAGCGCAACGUUGCCAGCUCUACUCUGGCACACGUCUCCAACUUUACCAAGACAUCGCUGCCGCAGUGGAGCACGCUGGAAACAUUCUACGAAGGUUACGAUAAAAUGAGUCUUCUGGUGCAGGACCUAGUCGUGUCUUUCGGAGAGCCGGGCGACGGUUUCUACAAGCAACACAAUUACACGGCUUGGUCGUACACGUUGGGGUACGGGUGGCCGCCUGCGCCGAGCCUGUCGCUGAUGGGGGUUAUGAUAAUAUCGCUGGGCAUAACCGUGCUCAUGGCGCUGUUGGGGGCGGGAUGCGUGAUGUUCGUGAUGCGGUGCUGGUGUCGCAAAACCACCAGCCCCUCCCACCCCUCCCACCUCACCGACGAGGACUCUCUGGAGCGCAGGUGCAACGGCUUCCGCACCAUCUGA